AUGCAUUGGACAAUUUUAACAAUUACUAUUUUUUGUGCAAUCAUCGCCGUCAGUAGUUUAAUUGUGACAGAUUUUAAAGCAAUGGAUGGACUCGGAUGCAGUAUUCGAGCUAAUACAAUUUAUAAUCAAUUUCAUUUAAUCAUUGAACUAAUUCUGUUUGUUAUUAUUGCACCUAUUCUUAUGAUAAUAUUUACUCGAUUAACAAUUCAGAAUAGAAAAGUGAUUGGUGAUUUGCCCAUAACCGUUUCGAGGUGUCGUCGUAUGGAAUAUCAUUUAACAGAUAUGUUUUUCUUACUUGUUGUUGCUCACAUUGUGCUCAAUCUAUCAGAAUGGAUCGAAUAUUUAAUAUUACUUCGACCAAACAUGUUUAGACCUUUUAUUCUUAUCCAAACGAUUAUUCGAAUUCCAAUUUAUUCAUCCUAUGCAUUGCCCAUAGUUUGGUACUUGAUUGUAGGUAAAGAGUUUCGACGAGAACUCGGUAAAAUGAUACCAAUAAUGGUACCAUUGUAUAGAUAUGCUCAAGUUAAUGCCGUAAGCAACAAUAAUCAAGAAAAUCAUUUACAUAUAGGAGUACUUCAUUAA